GCCUUGAUGCAUGUAUCAGCCUCACCUCCACCCAAUUCCCUGGUUUGGAUGAGCCCCUGAUCUCAGCCUCCCCUUCUGCUCUUGCUCACCUGGACAAAGAAGGAGGCGGAAGAUCCAGGGGGUCCUGGCCGCUGAGCCCCGAGAUGGAGAGCCGGGCCGGGGAGUCCCAGCCAGAGACCGGCGCCCAGGCAGAAGGCUUCCUCCAGAGCCAGGCGGGGGACGUGAAGCGGGAAGAGCAGGUUCUGGUGACCUUUGAGGAUGUGUCUGUGGAUUUCUCGGAGGAGGAGUGGGCGCUGCUGGAUCCGGGCCAAAGGGCUCUGCACAGGGAAGUCACGGAGGAGAAUUACGGGAACCUGGCCUCUCUCGGGUUUGUGUUUCCUAAACCUGACUGUGCCUUCUGGCCAGAAGAAGAGGAAGAUCUAUUCGGACACGUCUCGAAGGAGGGAAACAGCUUGGCAGCAGGACUCGUGGUUACCUCCGCUGACCUCCCCUCCUGCCUCGAAGAAGGAGAAGACCCCUUCGUGCAGGACUCUCAGCAAGGAGCGAGAGCAGCAGGUGAUGGUGAUAGGAGGGAGCAAAAGAAAGAACAACAGCACAGAAAGAAAAUCAAAGUAACGCAGAAGCAGCAGAAGAAAUUUGCUUCAUUGAAUAGAGCGCAUGUCAAUGAAAUUGACCUUACCAGCCAUGACAAAAUCCACACGGGGGAGAAACCAUAUAGCUGUUCUGAGUGUGGAAAGAGCUUCAGUAGAAAACAAUCCCUGGGUUCCCAUCAAAGGAUCCACACAGGGGAGAAGCCAUAUAAAUGUUCUGAAUGUGGAAAGAGCUUCACAGUAAAGCCAUCACUAGUUUCCCAUCAAAGCAUCCACACCGGGGAGAAACCAUAUAGCUGUUCUGAGUGUGGAAAGAGCUUCAGUAGGAAACAAACCCUGGGUUCCCAUCAAAGGAUCCACACUGGAGAGAAACCGUAUAAAUGUUCAGAAUGUGAAAAGUGCUUCACAAACAAGUCAUCACUAGUUUCCCAUCAAAGAAUUCACACUGGAGAGAAACCGUAUAAAUGUUCAGAAUGUAGAAAGGCUUUCAGAAGAAGCUCAUCCCUUAAUUCCCAUCAAAGAAUCCAUAAUAGAGAAAAGCCAUAUAAAUGCUCAGAGUGUGGAAUGAGCUUCAGAAGCAGUGGAGGUCUUACUUCCCAUCAAAGAAUCCACACAGGGGAGAAACCAUAUACAUGCUCAGAAUGUGGAAAGAGCUUCACAGUCAAGUCAUCAUUAGUUUCCCAUCAAAGAAUCCACACAGGGGAGAAACCAUAUAGCUGUUCUGUGUGUGGAAGGAGCUUCAGACAGAAAAAAAACCUUUCUUCUCAUCAAAACAUCCACACAGGGGAGAAGCCAUAUAAAUGUUCAGAAUGUGGAAAGAGCUUCAGAAUCAACAAAUCCCUGAUUUAUCAUCAAAGAAUCCACACUGGGGAGGCACCAUAUACAUGCUCAGAAUGUGGAAAGAGCUUCACAGCCAAGUCAGAACUUGUUUCCCAUCAAAGCAUCCACACAGGGGAGAAACCAUAUAGCUGUUCCGAGUGUGGAAAGAACUUCAGACAGAAAAAAAACCUGGUUUCCCAUCAAAGCAUCCACACAGAGAAGAAGCCAUAUAAAUGCUCUGAAUGUGGAAAGAGCUUCAGAGUCAGCACAUCCCUGGUUUACCAUGAAAAAAUCCACACAGGAGAGAAACCCUAUAAUUGCUUAGAGUGUGGAAAGGGUUUCAGGAAUAACUCAACCCUUGCUUACCAUCAAAGAAUCCAUACUGGAGAGAAACCAUACAAAUGCUCAGAGUGUGGAAUGAGCUUCAGUAGAAGUAGAAGUCUUACUUCCCAUCACAGUAUCCAUACAGGGGAGAUGCCGUAUAAAUGUUCUGAAUGUGGAAAGAGUUUCACAGCAAAGCUAUCACUAGUUUCCCAUCAAAGAAUCCACACAGGGGAGAAACCAUAUAGCUGUUCUGAAUGUGGAAAGAACUUCAGACAGAAAAAAAAUCUGGUUUCCCAUCAAACAACCCACACAGAGGAGAAGCCAUAUAAAUGCUCUGAAUGUGGAAAGAGAUUCAGAGCUAGGAAAUCCCUGGUUUACCAUGAAAAAAUCCACACAGGACAAAAACCAUAUAAAUGCUCAGUGUGUGGAAAGGAUUUCCGGCAGAACUCACAACUUACUUCUCAUCAAAGAAUCCAUACCGGAGAGAAACCAUAUAAAUGCUUUCAAUGUGGAAAGAGCUUCAAUACAAGUGGAAUUCUUACUUCCCAUCAAAGAAUCCACACAGGUGACAGACCAUAUAAAUGUUCUGUCUGUGGAAAGAGCUUCAAAGACAAGUCUGCCCUGGCUUACCAUCUAACUAUCCACAAAAGGGAGCUCCCAUUUAAAUGCUCUGAAUGUGGAAAGGGCUUCAGAUCCAGCACACGCCUUAUUUCCCACCAAAGAAUACACACAGAGGAGAAACCAUUUAAACACUGAGAAUGUGGAACAGCUAACAUGCGCAACUCAGAGCUUGCUUUCCACCAAAGAAUUCACACAGAAGAGAUAACAUAUAAAUGCUCAGAAUGCGGGAAGGCUUUCAUGUGUAGCUCAGAUGUUGCUUUCCAUCAAAGAAUCCAUACCGUAGAGAAACCGUAUAAGUGCUUGGAAUAUGGAAAGCUUUAGGAGAAGUUCAGAUCUUUCUAAUCAUUAAAAAAACAACAACUUCACAGGUGACAAACCAUAUACAUGCUCAGAAUGUGGAAAGGUUUUCACACGGAGGUCAAACUUUGUUUCCCAUCUAAGAACCCAUACUGGAGAGAAACCAUAUAAAUGCUUGGAAUGUGGAAGAAGCAUUAUGCUCAACUCAUAACUAGCUUGCCAUCAAAGAAUCCACACAGGAGAGAAACUAUAUAAAUCCUCAGAAUGUGGAAAGAGCUUUAGAGAGAGCUCUUGUCUAGUUUUUCAUUUAAAAAAAUCUACACUGGGAAGAAUCUCUACAAUUGUUCUGAAUGUGGAAAGAGCUUCAUUUAUGGAUUAAGUCUUACUUUACAUCAAAGAAUCUACAAAGGAGAAAAACCAUAGAAGCUCCCAGAAUGUGGAAAGAGCUUCCAUCAACGGUCAAGUUUUACUUCCCAUCAGCUUGCCACUCUGCACCACGGGGCUCUUAUCCCCUAUCAGUUUAUACAAUUUAUUGAGGCCAAGGUGCAAAGAGCAUCUGAGAAUGGCAGGAAUGUUUAACUUCACAGAAGCUGAUGAGAUGAGAAACUUGUAGUCAUUAAUUUUGCAUAGACUUUGUUAAGAUAAAAAAUAAGAAUGAGCUGGGCAAUGAGGUGAUUUAUGCUCACCCGUGCAGUUUGAUGGAUCCAAUUGGAUUCCAGAAUGCCCUGUGGGAUCCGAUGCCCCCUGGCAGCUCGUUGGAUGAGCUGGUAGAGGAUGGGCAUCCUCGUCUCUCUGAAGCCAUCAGUGAGAUCACUCCCCAUCAUCCUCUCUGCUCCCGAACCAAAGUGGCCCCGUAUCUAUAUAUACAAUUUAUUGAGGGACAUGUGCAAAGGGCGUCUGAGAAUGUCUAACUGCACAGAAGCUGAAGAUAGGAUUCAAGGAUACAUGUAUUGGUGGAGGGCCAAAAGAGAUUCAAAUGUAUAAGAAACCUGUAAACACUAAUUUUCCACAGAUUUUGUCAAGAUAAAAUAUAGGAAGAAUGAACUAUUUUAUAUACUUUAAGAAGUUGUUUCAAACAUAGAUAACCAUAUCUGUUUUUGAAGUUUGCCACUUUGGGGUCAGGAAGGAAUUUUCUUCCAGGCCAGGUUUUGGAGGUUUUUGCCCUCCUCUGGGCAUAGAGCUGACUCCUCUGUGCCCCAACCGUGCACAAGUGAAGGCAGGGCAGGCACAAUGGGUGGGCCGGGCAUUGCCAGCUCCUCUGCCCCCAAAUCACAGCCAGGGGAAGGCAGGGCAGGGUGGGCUUUGCAUUGCUGCCACCUCAACUCCCCAGUUGCAGCUGGGGAAGGGCCAGGUGGGCAGGACUGGCAUUGCUGCCCUGAUAGUGGUCAGGCAAGCAAGGAGGGGGGCUGGGCAUUGCCAUCUCCUCCACGCCCUGAUUGCAGUCAGGGGAGGGCAGGGCAGAUGAGCCAGGCAUUGCCGCCUCCUCCGCACACCAAUCAUGGCCAGAGGAGGGCAGAGCAGGCAGGCCUGGCAUUGCCACCUCCUCCAUGUCCAGAUCACAGCCAGGGGAGGGCAACAUGGUUGGAGUGGACAUUGCUACCUCCUCCGCACCCUGAUCAUAGGGGAGGGCAGGGUGGGAGAACCAGGCAUUUAUUCCUCCUCCAUGCCCAGAUCGCAGCCGGAGGAAGGCAGGGUAGGCAGGCCGGGCAUUAGUGCCUCCUCCAUGCCCCAACUGAGGGCAGGGCAGGGUGGGCGGGCCAGGCAUUGCCGCCUGCUCUGUGCUCAGGUCAUGGCCAGGAGAGUUCAGAGCGGUCAGGAUGGGUGGGCAAGGCAUUGCCUCCUCCUCCAAGCCCUGAUCACGGCAGCGGGAGGGGAGAGCAGGCAGGCUGGGCAUUGCCACCUCCUCUGUGCCCCAAUCAUGGCCAGGGGAGGGAAGGGUGGGCAGUCUGGGUAUUGCCUCCUCCUCCACACCCCGAUUGCAUUUGGGGGAGGGUGGGUCAGGCAUUGCUGCCUAUUCUGCAUCUGGAUUGCGGCUGGGGUGGGGGCAGCACAGGCGCGCCGGGCCUUCUCGCUGCCUGCACAAGAUUAAAAGGUGAGUCGUCAUCAGUAUGGCUCACCUUUUAUAUUGUAGUAGAUGUUCUAAUCAGUUAGUCAAGAAUGUGAGCCUUUUGAAGCAAGGCAAUGAGUUAUUGUUAGGAGAUGGUUCUGAAACCCUCUGCUUCUUCCUAGUUGUCCUGACUUGUUUAUCUUUAGGUACUUCUUUGGACCCGUGUAAUUACUGUCCUUUAAUGAUCGAUGUAGUUAAUAACAAUUUCCUCUGGAUUGGGCUGAUAUUGACUGCUAAAUAAUCAUUUUUUAAUAAUAAA